GUUGUUGUAACUCGGGCAUAUAAUGUCCCAUCUGCCUCAAACUUCACAUGUUUUAUUAGAGUGCUGGCCUGAAGACAUCUACAUGCCAAUAUUCAGUUAGUCAUAGCGCCACCUGUGGGCAACAGGAAAUGUCAUGUUUUACACCGUGAUUAACUCCACAUUGAAAUUUAACCAAAACAACAACUUAUUUGGUCAGUCUAAUCUUAAGGCUUUGCAAAGAUUUUGAGCGUUCGUUAAACGGCGUGUCCAUGGCAGCCUGACAAAGUCUGAUGUUUCGCCAUGAAACGGGAAGCUGUUGUAAGUCAGGCAUCCAAUGUCUAACCUGCCCCAAACUUCACAUGUUUGAUAAGAGUCCUGGCCUGAAGACAUCUACAUGCAAAUAUUCAGUUAGUCAUAGCGCCACCUGCUGGCAACAGGAAUUUACAUGGUUUACACUGUAAUUCACUCCCUGAAACAUAUUUAAAUAUGCCAUGAAGUACCAAACAUGCUAGAAACACAUUAAAUCAUGUAACACUUGGCUAAGUGUUAAUGUAUGCGAUUAACACCAACAGCGUAUUGCCCACCGUGCUCUGUUUUCCUAAAGCGACCGGGUGGUGGCGGCACUGGUGUGAGGGCCCUUUCAACGCUACUUGCAGCUUUAAUUAAAUUUGUUUUUUUCACCAUUAGUUCUUCCAACAAGUGUUCCCUCCAGGGAUCUUUCAAAGUCGUGGAAGGUAUAUCAGAUGCUCCAUUAGAACCUCUGAUGUCAAGGACCUUUGGAUCUGAGAAAUUUGCGUUCACCUCUGGGAAGUUAGGGCCCUCUCUAUUAGUAGUGUAGCCACUUCUAAGGCACUAUCUAAGGGUGCGUCUUUACAUGCUGUUAGUGCUCUGGCAGGUCGGGCCUCCCCGCACAAAUUUGUCAGGUUUUGUAGCUUGGAUAUGAAUUCGACCCCAGGUUCUCAGGUUCUUCUGGGUUGAUUCAUUUAUUUGCUCACAAAACUUAUGCUAAUCUUGUCCAUUCAGUUUUGUUAGCCAGACAUUUUGUAGUAUGGCAUAGCAUCUGCUCAUGAUGCAGUGUUGGAAGGGAAUGUCUCAGUUAUGCAUGUAACCCUGAUUCCCUGAGUAGGGAACGAGAUUCUGCAUGUCUUCCUUCAGUGGAAAACUGUGGAUGUGAUGAUGUAGCUGCCCUUUUAUGGUGUUGGUGAUGCAAUGCAUAAGGUCAUCUGAUCUCAUCAACUGCCAACAGAAUUGGAUUUUAGUGCAAGUUAGUGUUUAUAGAAAACUGUAUAAAAAAAAAAAUUGGAUAGCUGAUCUUUUAUUUUAAUUAUAUAUCAUAUAAUGGAAUAUAAUUGUAAUGUAAAUGUAAAAUGUUCAUAUCACAUGUUAUUGCAUUUCCUUAGCUGAAGUUGGCAACCAUAGACAUUAUAGUUAGUUGUCAAUUAGUAAGUCAUGAAAUGACCAAAGAGUACCAACAAAUUGUGUUAGGACAUUGUGUAUAGGACACCAAAAUGUUCAGACAGGGCUCUGGGUUUGCCAGUAGCUGAAAAAACAUUGUCCAUUGUUGCUGAAGGUUUGCUGCUGGUUCACCAGUGAAGCGUUGCAAACCUAUGGCAAUUAUUUGUAAGAAAGUGAUUUCUUUCCCAUUAUUUAGUACAUAUUAACUGCAAGUUUACUAUUUUGUAAGGCAGAUAAGGCACAUGUGAACUGGCAACAGAACAUGCAUACUGCACCAAGAAUAAGCAGAUUUGUGUUGGUUGGUGUCAUUAAUGCUGGCUCAUCUCGUUUUACGUCAUUAUUACUUUUAUAUCUGUCUAAAGUACAUUUUCUCUCUUUUUUUAAAUUUAUGGUGUUUUAUAUGUUUUUUUUCCAUAAAAAAAUAUUCAAUAUUACACAAGAAUAACUUCGAAAGUCAUACUUCGGGUAUGUUUACAUGACAAUGAUGUACUAAAAAUAAAAAAAAGUUUUUUCUUUUAUGUACAGACAACCACUUUGUCAAAACAAUCCCCCAAAAAACACUGCAUUAUGCAUGCAGGCCAGUAGUUGGUGACGUCACUCUGUAAAGAAACAAUACGCGCUGAAUUGCCGAUAGACUGAAAAUGUAAUAUGCAUGACAUCACCGUUUUCACAAAUUUACAUUUUUCUAGUUUAUAUGGAGACAAUAACAGUAUCAUUUUCAAAAACAUCACUUUGAGCUUCAUUGUCAAAUGUUUGCAUUUUCAGAGCCCCAGAAUGCUGUUGUCGUGUAAAUGAAUGGCCAAAACACAUAAAAAGUUUAACUUGGUUCACAUUUUCUCUUGUAUUAUAGAAAUUGGUAUUUAAACAUUACAUUUGAGCCCAUUUUUAAUCCCAAACAUGUAUAAAAGCCACAUUUAGUACAUUGUUAGUGCUCAGUAGAAAGAAUGUCUCAGAAGUACAAGAAGUUCAGUUUGGUGAAAAAGUGAUUUGAAUUUUUGCUCUUUCAAAAAGGCAUCAACAUAUCAAAAACUUGUUUAAAAACCUGCUGCAUGUAAAUGUGAUGGUUUUUGUUUGAUCUACAAUAAGCCCCUACAGUUAAUCCCUUAGCAUUCCUGUAAAAUUUGCCUUUUGAAAGGUAUCUGUACAGCGGGCGGAACAGUGGGACGCUAACAGGUUAAAGGAACACUCAGUGCAAGUUAAAGGUUAGUAAAACUGUUUAAUGACUUGUAGGUGAAUAUAAAGACACUCAGAGAUCCUGCUUUUGGGCAUAUUUCAACUGCAUAUUCAACUGCCUCCUCUCUAAGACACAUCUGGGCAUGUGAGUGUUUCAAAAUUAUGAAUUAAUAGUAUUUUAAUGUUUGUUUGCAUUCGAUUACAAUGUAUUUAGCCUUGGAUCAUCUCUGACAUGAUAGAAGUGGAUAGAAACAAUUUUUUUAUUUAAAAGAAACUGUAACAUUAGGAUCGAACAUAAGUUUGACAUUAAGCAGUGGUUCUCAACUGUAUUUUUUUUGUCCGUUUGUUAAGACAUUUCAACAUAGUAUCAAAAUUGUUGAUUGUUCAAACGUAAUAAAAAAUGUCCUUAAAUAAAUCGUUGAAAAAUUAUAUAUAAUGUUGAAAUAUUAUAAUGACCUGCAUUGUCCCAGCAAUAUGCUAAAUUAUUAACAAAUGGGCUGAAAGGGAAAAUUGUUUAGUGUCAACAUUUUAUUACUAGAAUUUAUUUUAUUUGUUUCAUUAAUGUUAUUUAUUAUUAUUAUUAUACUUAUGGUUUUAUAUACUUAUGAUAUUAUACUUAUGGUUUCCAUUUUUUUUUUCACAUAAGCACACAACUUCAACUUUGCAGUUUGUCUUAUUUCAUCAGUUUUUUAUUUUUUUUUAUUUUUUUAGUUUUUUGUUUACCUCUUCCAUUAGCCUAUAGUUCACCAUGACAGUGGAGGGCAGCGCUGAUGGGUUCUUUGUGCCCAGACCAAUGGAGUAUUCAGACAGUAAUAAACAGAAAACGUCUCAGGCUAAAUGCUGCUCCCCAAGUCUGAAGAUCUUUAUUGGCGUACUUGCCUUCUGUUAUUUCUCCAAAUCCCUGACGGGGGCUUACACCAAAAGCACCAUCACUCAGAUUGAGAGGCGGUUUGAGAUCCCAAGUUCUACUGUUGGUAUCAUCGAUGGCAGUUUUGAAAUGGGUAAUCUGUUGGUCAUUACUGUGGUAAGCUACUUUGGCGCUAAGUUUCACAGGCCCAAGAUCAUUGGAGCAGGGGUCCUGCUGAUGGGAAUAGGGACACUGUUAAUGGCUUUACCUCACUUCAUUAUGGGCCGGUACAAGUAUGAGACAGCUGCCACCCACACUAAUGAUGCUGAUAACUUCACAGUGAUAUCUACAUGCUCAUCUGACACCCAGAAUACUGUUCAACAGCUUGUUUCUGGGUGCCAAAAAGGGGAAGAGGAAAGCUCGCCCACAUGGGUGAUUGUGCUGUUGGGAAACAUUAUUCGUGGCAUCGGGGAAGCCAGCAUCGGCCCUUUGGGAAUGUCAUUCAUAGAUGAUUAUGCGCUCCCAGAAAACUCUGCUUUUUACAUAGGUUGCCUGCAAACACUUGGAGUGAUCGGGCCAAUUUUCGGUUACACGCUUGGAUCUUUGUGUGCUAGUCUUUAUGUGGACAUUGGCUUGGUGAAUCAAGAGACCAUCACCAUCACCCCUCAGGACUCUCGCUGGGUUGGGGCCUGGUGGUUGGGUUAUGUGGUUUCUGGGCUAUUGACUCUCCUUGCUGCUUUGCCUCUCUGGUUCCUGCCAAGAGCUCUACCUGAAAACCACCAAACCUCUGAGCAAGACCACCACUCAAACCAACACAAACACACACCCAGCAUUACAGAGAUAGCUAAAGAUUUUGGGCCAUCUCUGAAGCGUCUGCUCACCAACAAGAUCUAUCUCCUGUACCUGGUUUCCAAUGUAGUAGCAUUCAACGCCUUUGCCAUAUUCAUAACAUAUACGCCAAAGUAUUUGGAACAGCAGUUUGGACAAAGUGCAACCAAGACCAACUUUCUCAUAGGACUGACGUCUAUUCCACCAGUGGCUCUGGGUAUGUUCCUGAGUGGGUGGAUAAUGAAGAGGUUUAAACUGGAUCUGCUAGGAUCUGCAAGAAUGUCAUUUUUCACUGCUAUUUCUGCACUGUUUCUUACCAUCCCUUACUUUGCACUUAGCUGUGAAAAUAUAGAUGUCGCUGGGGUCACAGUGCCCUAUCAAGGAUCUGUAGAAGUUCAGAAUAUAAACAGUGAUUUACUCACUUCUUGCAAUGCCGGAUGUGGGUGUUCUGACUUCCAAUGGGAUCCAGUGUGUGGACAGAAUGGAGUGACCUACAUCUCUCCUUGUCACGCAGGCUGCAAUUCCACUCGUGGCACAGGAUGGAAUAUGACAUUCCACGACUGUACAUGUGUCCAGAGCUGGGGAAUGAGCGCUGGGAACUCCUCUGCAGUGCUUGGACAGUGUUCACGAGAGAGCAGCUGUACUACAAUGUUCUAUAUCUAUCUGGCACUGCAGUCUCUCGCCUUCUUUGUGUACUGUAUGGGCACUGUUCCCUUCUUCAUCAUCUCAUUGAGGAUUGUGGAACCUGAGCUGAAGUCUCUCUCAGUGGGCAUGCUACUGUUAGUUUUAAGAGUUUUGGGUGGUAUUCCUGCUCCCAUUUACUUUGGUGUUCUUAUUGACUCUACCUGUGUGAAAUGGGGUUACAAGAAAUGUGGUGGAAGAGGUGCUUGCAGAAUCUAUGACACUGAGACUUUUAGGUUCCUGUUUCUGGGACUGGUUAGCUGUCUGCAGGUAUUAAGCUAUACCCUGUUAUGGGUGGCCAUCACACAGAUUACCAGGAAAGUACAGAAUGGUAAACAGGUGUCCAAGGACAUAGAACUGCAGGAGCCUAUGCUGUAUGAUCCAGAAAAGCAGAAGAUUCUAAAAUAAUGUUCUGCAUUGUUUUAUUUUCUAUUUGUUUAUGUGUGUUUUGUAUUGUUUUAUUUUAUUUUGUUCCUGGUUCAUUUUCAAAAUAUAGUAACAUUUUAUUUUAUUUCAUUUCUGCGGCCAGAUGCCUGAAAAUCUUUUGUCCCAUUCUGGUGUACCACUUUUAUGACAGUCGCAGUUAUUUAUUUUAUUUUGAAUAAUAGGAGCACUAUUUAAUGUGCCCCUAUUAUGGAUUUUAUGUAGUCUGUAACAUAGCUCUAAGUGAAUGAAAACAUCCUGCGUCCUGCAGUUUUAAAUCUGAAAGUGCACCGUAUAUUAAGUUAUUGUCUCUCAAAAGUAAGAGUCGACUCUGAGUCAAUUAAAUGAGUCGUUUGUAAAACGAAUCCCAAGCUGUUUCGUUGUGACAUCACAAAGAAACAUUAGCAUAUUGGCCGCCCACUUAUUGCACGUGCAGGCACUAGGGAAAACUUCCAACCCGAAACUUGUGCUGUAUUCCCGUCAUUUUACUGACGACUGUUUCUUCAACCUAAAUGCGUUCAACGAGGGAUUCGCAGACCGGUUGUUAUUGAAUGAUGGCUCAGUACCCAGUUUAUUUGGACCAGCUUCUUGACUGACUGUUUUGUAGGAAGGAAUGUAAUUAUAAUUCUCACAGAGAAAAUAAUUUAGAUUAGUUAAGUUUUUAAGGAGUCAAGAUAUAAAACUGUCCCUAAACAAAAAGACUCACCUGUUCUGAUGUGCAAUCCAACUGAAACAGCACAAGUUUAUGGCUGUUUCUCAAUAUGCGUUCUUCAGCGAUCUUGCAUCCUUGUGUUCUUGCUCUACGUCAUCAUCAGCCGUCGAAGUUCAGUUCCAAUACUCAAGAACGCAAGAACAGAGGACACAUGAAAGUACCCGGAUGUGUUCUUGAUAUCGAGGAUGCAUCGAAUGCAGACUUGAGAGAAUCCAACCGUUAAAAAUCGAAGAAGACGCUGUGGGCGGUCGACAUAUGGAAGCCUGCAAGCUUUAAAGUUUUCUUUCUCACUUAUGAGAUUCCCGCUACAAGCUCGCAUAUACGUGACGGCUUGUGAAAGUAAACAUUUAUCCAUUUGUUUUGCUUACUUUUAAUAAAAUGAUAAC